AUGCAGCCUGAUGUGGAUUCAGUGGAAACGGCCUCCGACUCAAUCAAGGUGCGCAAUGUGGAGGAAAAGAAGUGCCAUCUCAAGACACGCUUGGGGUACCAGCCAAUUCACCGCGUGCUGAUGGACAAUUGGCAAUCUGGACUAACCGUAGCCAUGGUCAGUGUCCCAUUGUCGAUCUCCUUGGGCAUUGCUUCGGUGUCGGGGGGAGACCCUGCAGCUCCAUUGAUGGGUGUGUCAACAGCCUUCUGGGGUGGUCUUUGUGCGUCAAUGUUCAGCUCCAGCGACUUCAACAUCAUUGGGCCUGCGGGCGCGCUGAGCGGAAUGCUCAACAGCGCGACCAUCAAGUUCGGAGGGGCUGGAGUUCUGCCCUACCUCUCCCUUGUCUCCUCGGCCAUCAUUUGCUCGAUUUACUUGCUGGGAUUGCAGCGCUACCUUCUCCUCAUGCCCACUGCUGUCUUCGAGGGAUUCACGCUUGCGGUGGCAUUCAUCAUUGGCCUGGGCCAGCUCGAAAUGGCUAUGGACCUGCGACCAAACGGUCCCAAGUCAGAGCACUUCUACGAGAAUGUCAUGCGCUCCUUUGAAGCGAUGCAUGGCUACUCCUUGGCUCCAGCAAUUCUGUUCCUGGUCGUCACCGCGUUGCUGCUGGGCCUUGUGAAGUAUGCCCCGAAAGUCCGUGGCAAGUCAAUUCCUUGGACGGUGCUAAUCCCCUUGUCCACCAUUCUCUUGGGCUACCUGUCGGACCAGAAGAUGCUCGGGGGCAUCAUCCUUCCCACCUUGAAGGACAAGUAUGGGACGCUACAAGCCCGCAUCGUGGAAGUUCCGUCCAGGCCGCUGUCGGAUUUUGCAGGUGACGACUUGUUUGGCCUGAUCCGCACCGCUUUUGGCGUUGCUUUCGUGGCCAUCUUGGAGACCUUGAUUUCAGCUAAGAUUGCAGAGCAAAGGAUGAACUACCCCUUUGAGAGCAGUCGUGAGACUUUCGGUUUGAUGGUGUGCCACGCCGUAUGCGGGGCAGUUGGGGCAUUGCCACCUACUGGAGUGUUUGUUCGCACUUCUCUGAACGUGCAGCUGGGAGCAACGCACAGGCUUUCGCAAAUGAUCAAUGCCAUUGCAGUCUUCCUGAUCUUUGUGGUGGCCAUGCCUGUCUUCUCGUACUUGCCCCAAGCUGCGGUGGCUGCCUUGCUUGUAUUUGCUUCCAUUCGUAUGGCGCCGGUGCACUACAUUGCCACUCUUUGGCGGACCGACAGGAGAAGUUGCUUCCUUCUUGUGCUGACAACCGUGAUCUGCGUCUUUGUGGACCCCGUCUAUGGCCUCAUUGUAGGCAUGGUUGUGGCACUGCUAAGGGAUGCUGCAGAAACUGCCCGGGCGGAGUCGCGAGUAACCCUGGACAAGGAUGAGGUUUCUGUAAGCGACACUGGCACACCUCGCAGUCAGCAAAAUCCUGCUCUUUCUCAUUGGGCCACAGCUAGCUUCGAUCAUGGUGCAAACUUAGCCGUCAAGCCAUCACCGCUGAAGCGUUUGCGGCAACUGGUCGAGGCUGUUGCUUGUGGCAGGGCUCCAAAGGAGCACAGCAAUGUUUUGCACAAGCAUGAGACCUUCCAAGAGGUCCUGUACGAGCCGAUGGGUUCAGUGACCUUCCUUUGCGCCAGCAAGCACUUGUCCCGUGUACAAGCACUGCUGACCAAGAAGCCAAACAGGAUCAUCAUCUCCUUGGAGCAUGUGACCCGCAUCGACGUUGAUGGGUCUGACAGCCUUGCAAAGGCAGCCAAAGAAGUGAAGGAGGCAGACUGCGAUGUCCGCCUAGUCGUGCCGGAACUCUUGCUCCACGGCACCAUCCUUUCCAAAGCUGCCUGGCUGCAAAGCCUCCAAUCGGAAGGCUGUAUCUUCAGCACAGUCACAGACGCAAAGAGUCAGGUUGCAGAGAUUUGA